GCUGAGCGGGCUGAGCGGCUCACUGACGCUGGGAAGCACCUGGGCUUCUCCUUCACCUCUUCUGGGGUCAAGGCUGGGGAAGCGUGAAUUCGGCUUUUCUGCAAGGACAAGAGGGACCUCUCUAAGAGCGGUCUGCCGUGGCUUUGGAGCAGAGUGCUCCUGGCUCGGGUUGGAGGGGGAGAGACAGACACAGAGGAAGGAAGGAAAGACGAAAGAGUUUAUGCAAAAUCAAGUAUAUAAGUGUUUUAACUUUAAGUUUAAAAACGGAAUGAUUUAGCCAUCCUUUCCUCUUCCAGGAGGCGUUAGUUAGAAUGUCCCGGGGCAGAGCGCGGCUCCCCGGGUGGAGGGCUGGCAAGAGCCCGAAGUCGGAGCCGGGGAAGCUUUGAUAAGCAAAUGCAGCCCCGCGCUCGGGCGCUCUCUAUUGGCUGUUCCUUCACCGCCAGAUUUUGACACAAAUAAUCAGAUUGAAAAUCAAGGAGGGGAACAGAAGAGGGGGAAAAAAAAAACCAGAGAGAGUGAGAGGGAGAGAGGGAGAGAGAGAGAGAGAGAGAAAGAAGAAGUAUCUAUUUGAGCAGAGAGUCCGAGGUUGACAGAGUGGAGCCGAUCCCCAGAGGCUGGGAGGUUCCCACCAAGACCAAGACUGCAUCCAGGACCAGACGGCAGAGCUAGGGACAGGUGUGGGGUGCACAUUUACCAUGCCACGCUCCUUCCUGGUGAAGAGCAAGAAGGCUCAUACCUACCACCAGCCCCGCAUCCAGGAAGAUGACCCGAUCUGGCCUCCUGCCCUCAGCCCCCGGGCCAGAGACCAGGUCCUGAGCAAUGAUCCCGUCCUCAACACCCUGUUCCCAAACCAGUGCCUGACCUGGACUGACCUCAAACGGGAGCCAGAGCUGGAGCUGGAUCAGAGCCUGAGCAGGACGGCCUUGGUGCCAGAGGGCCCUGCUGUAAUGCCCCGAUCCCAGGACAGGGAGUCCGACUCACCCCCGUUCUACAAGCCCAGCUUCUCCUGGGAUGCCCUGGCCUCGUCCUACGGCCACAGCUACCGGCAGGCCCCCUCCACCAUGCAGUCUGCCUUCCUCGAGCGCUCCGUCAGCCUGUACGGCAGCCCUCUUGUGCCCAGCACUGAGCCGCCCCUGGACUUCAGCCUCCGCUGCUCCCCGGGCAUGGACACGUACCACUGCAUCAAGUGCAACAAGGUGUUCUCUACCCCACACGGGCUCGAAGUGCAUGUCCGCCGCUCCCACAGCGGGACCCGGCCCUUUGCCUGUGACGUCUGUGGCAAAACCUUCGGCCACGCCGUGAGCCUGGAGCAGCACACACACGUCCACUCCCAGGGGAUCCCGGCAGGGCCCGGUCCUGCGCCCAGCGUGGCAGUCCCGGGUCUCGAGGCCCCGCCCGCGCCUGACCCCCCUGGGCCUCGUUUCGUCCGGCAGGAGCGCAGCUUCGAGUGCCGGAUGUGCGGCAAAGCCUUCAAGCGCUCGUCCACCCUGUCCACGCACCUGCUCAUCCACUCGGACACGAGGCCCUACCCCUGCCAGUUCUGCGGCAAGCGUUUCCACCAGAAGUCGGACAUGAAGAAGCACACGUACAUCCACACAGGUGAGAAACCCCACAAGUGCCAGGUGUGCGGGAAGGCCUUCAGCCAGAGCUCCAACCUCAUCACGCACAGCCGGAAGCACACCGGCUUCAAGCCCUUCAGCUGCGAGCUGUGCACCAAGGGUUUCCAGCGCAAGGUCGACCUGCGGCGGCACCGCGAGAGCCAGCACAAUCUCAAGUGAGGCUGCACCUGCCCUGGGCUCCCGGCCAGCCCGCCGUGAGGUCCCGUGACCCAGAGGGAGGCCAGCCUCCUGCGCCCAGAUCCCCGGUCUCCUGGAGUCAGGGCUGGGCAGGAAUCUUUCAGCUUGUUUUGAGACUCAACAGAAUUGCUGUGUGACCUCGAGCAAGUUGCUUUCCGUCUCUGGACCAAGAUUUUCCUGCUGCAAAAUAUGAGAACUGGGCUGGGUGUUUUCUGAGCUAAGUUGUUUUAGAGGUCUAAGAGCUUGGGCACCUUCCCUCUCAUGGAGCCCAGAAAGCCAGCAUAGCCCUCCCCACUCCCCCCAAGGGGAUGCCAAGAAUAGCCCAUCACUGGAAUCCACAGAGAAAUCCUCCCCCUCUGCCUGUUGCCCACCGUGCUGGGAUCUGGUUUUUAGUGGGUCUCCUUCUGACUGCCAUGGAUGUCCGGAGCUGCCUCUUGUCCCAGUAGGAGGCCUAAUACCCCUCUGCUUUGGCCAGAUGUGCUGGCUGCCCCCCACUUCUGGCUGGCACUCAGCCGGCCGCGGGGCUUCCGGGCUGGAGAAACAAGCAGUCACUGCUAACAAGAGCCCGUUCCUCUCAACUGCUGUAAAUAAAAAUAAAGACACAGAUUUAUUUACAUUUAA